UUACUGACAUAUGAACACAUAUGAUUGGCACGAUUUAAGAACCACUCACCUGCUGGCCAUCUCUCUCCAGGUCUAGAGCUGGAGAAAAUGAUCUGAAGUUACAGCAGAAGAAAUUGAGGUAGGAUACUAAGAAAGCUUUUCGGGAGGGGGAGUAGGCAAGAGGUGUAGCAUGAGGGAAUGAGAGUGAAUGCUCGGUGUGAAAGGAAGUGGUGGGUGGGGUGGAAACUUCCUUCUUUGGGUCAUCUUUGGAGGUGAUUUGACAGCAAGGAACAAAGUGGCUUCAAACAUUACACAAGUCUCUGGUCUGUUCUGUGUCCUGUUUUCUUUCUCAUCCUUUCGGUGUGGAAUCUAUAUGACCCUGGGAAGGAUGUUGGUUGGGAGAAUAACCAGCUGAUGGGGGUGCUGCUGUAAUGAUUGGUGGUACGAAUGGGCAGCAGUGAGCCGUCUAGUGUGACAGUGUGGGAGAAAACAGUUCAAACUCCUACCAAACUCUCUCUACUGACGGCAAAUCAGCGGAGAUUCACAUUGUAAGUUUAUGGUGGUCUGGCUUUUGGCCACGACAUUGACACCUUGCCCUUUUAAUUUGGGGCCCAUAAAAAUAUUCACAUAAGGCUCUCAAGAGGAAAACGAGUUAGCUAUUGCAUCACUUGCUUCCUCUAGGUGUAUGAAAAAUAAUUUCAAGCUUGACAAAUACAAGGAAACUGCAGGGUCCAUGUGAAAGCUGAUAAGCUAUUUCUGAAACUUGUGCAGAAUUGUGGUUUGUGUGGUCUAUGUCACGGCAUCCUUGAAGGAGAGCGGGCAAUUGCCUGAAGUUAGAGGCUGUGUCUUAUUCUCCAGGCUGCUCCAGGGCUGCCUCCUUCCAACCCGGCCUUCUUAUCUGGGACUAUUGAGGGCCACAGGCCUUCCGAAGUCCAGUGAGGAAGGAGACCCUGCAGACAGAAGGCAGGCAGGAGGCUGACAGGGUGGGGAUAAGGCCAUGAUCCCCUUGCAUAAGGACACCCAGGAGGAGGGUGUCUGCCCCAUCUGCCAGGAGAGCCUGAAGGAGGCCAUGAGCACCAAAUGUGGACAUCUCUUCUGUCGAGUGUGCCUGAAACAGCAUGUGGAGAAGGCCUCAGCCUCCGGGGUCAUCUGCUGCCCCCUCUGCCGGAAGCCCUGUUCUGAGGAAGUGCUGGGAACAGGUUAUAUCUGUCUCAACCACCAGAAGAGGGUGUGCAGGUUCUGUGAGGAGAGCAGACUUCUUCUGUGUUUGGAAUGCCUGGUGUCCCCUGAACACACGUCUCAUCAUGAGCUGACCAUUGAAAAUGCCCUCAGUCACUACAAGGAACGACUCAACCGCAGGAGCAGGAAGCUCAGAAAAGACAUCGCAGAACUUCAGCGGCUCAAGGCUCAGGAGGAGGAAAAACUGCAGGCUCUGCAGUUUCAGGUAGACUAUGGGAACCACAGGCUGGAGAGCCAGCACCAAACCAGGGAACAGCUGGAUGCCCUCCCUCAGCAGCAGCCGGGCCAGCUGGAGCACAUGCCAGCAGAAGUGGCCAGAAUCUCUAAAGCAGUAACUCAGCUCAGCAGCCUGGUCAUUGAUCUGGAGAGGAUGGCCAAGGAGUUAGACACCAACACCCUGAAGAAUGCUGGUGACUUACUCAACAGGAGUGCUCCACAGAAAUUAGAGGUUAUUUAUCCCCAGCUGGGGAAAAGAGUCAAUGAAUUGCUUCUUCAGCCAUCCUCAGAAGCUCUGACCUGUUCAUCUCUGGGACACCUCACUUCAGGCUCACCUCAGCCUCCUCUUUCUCCCCCCUCCAACCUGUCCAGACCACCGUUAGAUCUACCCGGUGCAUCUUCAGGCCUGCCAGCUCCUGAACAUGUCCCCGUUUCCUCAUGCCCACAGUCAUCACCUGAUGCCUGACACUCGGACUCUUGGAUGAUAGCCAGCCUCCUUCCAGGACAGGCUCAUGCUUGUGGCUGCCACUGCAGAGGUCAGGGUCCAUGGUCUCCAGGACUAUUUGUGAGAUCUCCAUUUGCCUGUGAACUGAUGGUAGUGCCCUUCUCUCGCAAUCUCAUUAAAAUAGGAUCCUCCAAGGAUCUGGAUGGCCCGAGCUCACCAGUGGUGACCCCACCUCACAUAUGGAGCCCAGCUGAGCUCCUGCAGUACUUGUUGUCUGUACCACUUGCCUGGCAUUUACUCAUUAUUGUUGUGGAAGAUAGACUCAAAGACAGCCCCCCUUGGUGAUCCUCACCUCUUGGUAUUAAUGCCCUUGUUUGGUACCCUUUCCUUGAAUGUGAACAGGAUCUGUGACUUGUUUCUAAUCAAUGCAAUAUGGCAAAGGUGAUAGGGUGUCACUCUGGCAACUGCGUUCAUUGUAUAGGACUCCUCCUCGUUGGCCAACUCACUUAGGGCCCCUUCUAGGAGCCAGGAGCAGCCUCCAGCCAACAAGAAGCAGAGGCCCUCAGUCUUGUGGCUGCAAGAACUUGAAUUCUGCCAACAACCCAAGUGAACUUGGAAGCAGAUUCUUCCCCAGAUGAGCCAGAUGAGAACCCAUUUCAGCCAACGCCUUGAUGACAGUCUCGUGAGUCCCUAAGCUGAGGACCCAGCAAAGCUGUACCAAAAUUUCAGACCCACAGAAACUGUGAGACAAAAAAUGUGUGUGGUUUUAAGGCAAUAAAUUUGUGGUAAUUUUUGUGGAGCAAUGGAUAAUGAAUACAACUAUACAUUAGUCAUUUCUGCAUAAGCCUCACUUCUUUGGGUGAGCAGGGACCAUACUGUCUGUGUCCUCGUGUCUAGAACAGUGCCUGGCUCACAGUUGGUGUUCAAUAAAAGUUUAAAUGUAUGUAUAAAUGAAUUAAUUAGAAAGCAAAGGGGCCCUUCUUAAUCCUCUGUUUAAAAGGAGCCAUCAAUGACCAUUUAAUUAGUAUUUAUUGAGCCCUCGAUGAAGUAGUCAAUACCAUACUGUGAGGUAUAAGGAAUAAAACAUGGCCACAAG